AGAUGACUUUGAAGCGAAGACACAACGGAUUACCUAGCUGCCUUACUGCCUAAAGCGAUCAGGGAGGUAAAGGGUAGCACAGGGGUCGAUCUCACGAGAAUCUGAAGAAGCAAGUGGUUUUCACACAAAAUCGCGGACUGUGAUCGCAUGAUUCGAAAGAUGAAAGAUUACGCUGCUCCAUACCCUGUACCCUGGCUUUCCUAUUCAAUUGAUGUCACCCCACCUCAUACUCAUAGUCAUUCUUGUGAUUUGUAAGCGUUGUGUUACGUGUUGGGCUUCAAUAUAUUACUUAGUACGAGCUUUCCUCCUAUUAGUGAACUAGACAGAAAAAAAAUAAGUAUUUGGAUCUAGUUUGUGCCUAUCUUGGCAUGUCUCAAGUCCCCCCAUGGCUAUAUCAAAAUGGCGCCAGAAAGCAAGCUAUUUCUUCACGAUCACCCCAUAUCGUCCUAUGCACAGAAAGUGCGAAUUGCGCUACGAUGGAAGCACAUCGCCUUUGAACACGCAAUCCCCCGCGGAAUGGGGUCCGGCCAACAAGAGAUGAAGGAUUUCCCUACUUCUCUACAUCCCCGCCAAGAAGUCCCUGCACUGAUCGAUGGAGACACGCGCAUCUUUGACUCAACUAUUAUUCUGGAGUACCUGGAGGACAAAUUCCCCGAGCCGGCGCUGCUCCCACCGCGCAGCGACCCGGCGGCGCGGGCACGUGCUCGCAUGAUCGAAGACUUAUGCGACACACAUUAUGAGGCGAUCAAUUGGGGAUAUGCCGAGGUGACUCGGUAUGAGCGCGGGGUCGCAGAGGGAGUCGCGGAGAAGCUAAAGACACAGGCGGGAAUUCACACGCGCGACAUCCUAGCGUGGCUAGAAGCGCAGCUGGGCGCGGGCCCGUUCUUCAACGGCGCGACGUUCGGCUGGGCGGACUGUGCCGUCGCGCCGUUUCUCAACCGCAGCGUCGCUAUCGGCCUGGGCCCAGCUGAAGGAAGCCCGCUGCAGCAGUGGCACGCGAGAAUUAGCGAGCUGCCUUGUGUCCGAGAGACCUUUGCCGAGUACGAGGCGGGCACGAAGGCGCUGGCCGCGAUGGUUGGCAAUCCGUUCCAGAGCGGCAGUGGGGCGAAGCGCGAAUAUCGUGACCACCGUGUGGAAUGGAUUCUGAAAGCUGGCGGCAUAAGCAUCAUUGAAUCUGGCUUACGCGACCGCAACAUUCGCUUUUCCUGGCCGGGGCCAGAUCCACCCGAGUGAGGUAUUUGCCUUGAUUUGGACAACGAAAGUGUAACCUAGGCCUUUCCAAGUUUAUAUUUUCAGACAUCGUGAUGAAUGACUUCGUAGUUCAUUUAAAUUAGCACGCGAUGCACAUCGCAUCGUUAUUGACACUAAAUAGGAUAUAUGUCGGCUGAACUUCAACAUUCUCUAUAGCCGUAUCACAGACCACUGACCCGGCUUUACCUUUGUCGCCGUCAUUCGUUUGGAUCUCGAUGAAGUUGCCAGUUUCAUGCUAGAACCUACCUACUUCCAUAAGUUUCUCGUAAAGCUAUAUGUUCGUUAUCACACGGCCAAAACCUCAGAACCGAAGAUAACCGAUGCUACCCCUAGAGGAAAGUAAGGCUAUAAGUAAUUGGAUAAGGAUAAUCUGUUAGCUGCAAAAAGACCAACAAUCAAAGUAUAAAUGC